AUGGACGCACGACAUCAUCCCUUUGAUGUGCUCUUCGGCUCAUUGCUGGGUAUUUUAUGUGGCUACGUCGCCUAUCGCCAAUAUUUCCCUCCCCAUUCAGAACCUUGGAGGAAAGGCCGUGCGUACCCAAUUCGAACCUGGGGUACCGAUCCCACUGCUCCCUCCCGCUCCCGGUUUGAUAUGGGAGGAUCCAAUGAUUCGGUAGCGCCGCUGCGGCGUACAGAUGAUUUAGAGUAUCAAGCUACCUCCACGGGUCAAGACGAUGAAUUCACGCGAAAACCCCCACCUGUUCGCCGGAUGUCUAGCGACCGGAUAUCUUCUGCAGACCCUUACCUGCGGCGAAGACAGGAACUGGAGCGAGAAUAUUCGUCGAGCGGUGACUCCGCUGGAGUCGCGUUUGAAAUGCAACCGGGUUCUGGGAGCCGGUCGCAUCGCAGCGAGUCCACAACCUACGUAAAUACCCCAUAUAAACCGCCACAAACGAGCUACCAGCCAUACCCAGGACGAACCGCAUCGCCAGCUGCACCGUCCACUCCGCCGCUCCCGACUAGCAGUGGACACCCCAGCUCCCAUGUCGAGCCACCGAAAAGUUGA